CCUACAACUGGUUUUCUGUUUACAGGUGGGAGUCUUUCAGGUUUCACUAGUCGCUUGCACAUUCUGUGUUGUCUGUAGUCAAAGAAGACAGAAACAAGUGUGCAGUUAAAGAUAUGGCAUCAUCUGACAAUCCGGAAGCUGUUGAUAGAGGUUUAUUUAGCGGAAAGGGAGAGAAAAAGGAGGAAGAGAAAGGGAGAUUCCUGGAAAAGGUUAAGGAUUUCAUUCAUGAUAUUGGAGAGAAGAUUGAGGAAACAGUUGGAUUUGGGAAACCAACGGCAGAUGUCACCGCAAUUCAUGUCCCUAAAAUUAAUCUCGAAAUGGCAGAUAUUGUUGUCAAUGUGUUGGUAACGAACCCAAACCCAAUUCCAAUUCCUCUGAUAGAUAUCAAUUAUUUAGUAGAAAGUGAUGGAAGGAAACUUGUUUCUGGCUUGAUCCCUGAUGCUGGAACAAUCCAUGCUCAUGGUUCGGAAACCGUAAAAAUACCGCUUAGGCUGAUCUAUGAUGAUAUUAGAGCUACUUAUGCUGAAAUCAAGUCAGGAAGCAUAAUUCCUUACAGGAUCAAGGUUGAUCUGAUAGUAGAUGUGCCCGUAUUUGGUAGGCUAACUCUACCAAUUGAGAAGACAGGAGAGAUUCCAAUUCCUCUCAAGCCUGAUGUUGAUCUUGAUAAGAUUAAAUUUGAAAGGUUUUCUUUUGAAGAAACUGUUGCAAUUCUUCACCUGAAGUUGGAGAACAUGAAUGACUUUGACCUUGGACUUAAAGACCUGGAUUGUGAAGUUUGGCUCUCAGACGUGUGCAUAGGAGGUGCAGACCUCAACGAAUCAACUGAAAUAGCUAAAAACGGAAUCAGUUAUGUCGAUGUCCCCAUUACAUUCAGGCCAAAGGACUUCGGUUCGGCACUUUGGGAUAUGAUUAGGGGAAAGGGUACCAGUUAUACUCUGAAAGGGAACAUUCAUGUGGACACACCCUUUGGUGCAAUGAAGUUACCUCUCGUCAAGGAAGGUGGUACGACCCGCCUCAAGAAAAACAAAGACGGGGAGGAAGAGGACAACAACGAGGAAUAGGAGAAAAGGAGCAUGCCAGAAACACAUCUAUAUGUGACUGUUUGUUGUAACAUAUAUCAUGAGAUGCAUGCAUUGCAACCAGAAGUGUUGUCGUUUUAGUUUUAGUUUGGGUAGACUAGUUAUUAUAACAUAUAUCAUGGAUUAUUAUUGUGGUUAUUUCAUUUGAUCCCCUUCUUGCUUUUCUGGUGUUUGAAAAGAUUCCUGAAACUGUUUUUUGGAUGGUGAUGCUGUUGUCUUGAGCUAAACGUAACAAAAUAAUAAGCCCCGUCAUCUGGUCUUGUACGCAUCAGAUAAGCGAAUGACCAGGGCCGAAUUGGCGCUGAGCUUUCUCACAGAGUAAUUGGUUGAGGUUGUUAUUUGUGGUACCCUACAUUUGUACCAGGGUCUUGUGUUAUUAUUAUUAUGUGGAAAUUUCUAAGGAACCGAGUUUAAAUUCUCUCUUUCAUAAACCCAUCAAUAAGAUGGUAUAUAUCUA